AUGUUGUCCCCUCUCAUCCCAUUAACAUUAACAGUGGCAAUCGCCACGCUCUCGCAUGCGGAUACUGUAGUGAUUCCCACCUCCUCGUUUGAUAGCUACGCCGAUUUAGAGACAUACUGGAACUAUUUGUAUCCAUGGGGGAGCGACCACAACGGAUCGGCCCGAAUGGUCGGAAACUCCACGGAUCAUUCACAUAUCUCCGUUGCCAACGGCGUCCUGACGCUCACUGCCACCCCGACUUCGGGACAGGGAACAAGUAGCGAGAGUCCGCACCUCACCAUCGAUUACUUCAGCGGGACGAUCUACGCUAAAGAUGACAUCACUGUCGAUGGAACCGAUGUUGUCGGAUAUGUCGUAGAAGGAGAGUUCAUUGCUCCGACUGCUGUAGGCACCUGGCCUGCGUUCUGGCUCACAGCAGUGAAUUCCUGGCCUCCCGAGGCUGACAUUGGAGAGUGGAAAGGCACCCAGCAAACCUGGUUCAAUACAUUCAACACGAGCUCGGAAGUCAAGAGCACAAUUGUGGCUUGGCCUGACGACGGAGAAUUCCAUUCUGUGAAGGCAGUGCUGUCGUCCAUCGAAGGCGACUCAAGCGACGUCACCAUCGACUAUUACCUCGACAAUGUCUUGCAGGCGACACACGUUGGCGCGGACUUCUUGGGUGCACCACUUUACCUGAUCAUCGAUCUUCAGAUGGAGGGAAGCUCCGGCUCUCCGGGACCGACUGGGACUACCACAUACCAGAUUCGUAACGUCCAAGUGACCAAGGUCACGUCAUGAGACUGUUCGAAUUCCAUAUCCAUAUGAUCGUGGGGUCGUAUGCAUUGACACUUCUUAAUACAACAAUUU